AGUACUAUAUAUAAUAUAUAUAUAUAUUUGCGAUGCAAUACGAUAUUGAUAAGACUGGACAUUUCAUCGAUUUCUGGACAUGUGUGGAAACUAUCCCAGGAAUAGUGUACCCGACUCUCACAAUGCAAGUCGUGAGAGGGACUAUCAUCCCCGGUAAAGAGCUGUGGGAGAGACGGCGGUCUUGUUGUCUGAUAAAGCACAAAACUGGAAGAAACUCUUCGGAAAAACUCAAUCAACGGUCGGCGGUUGCAUGGGAGUCAUCGUAUCAGAUACACAGGUAACCGGACAGGUUUUGACCAGAGUCACGGAACUUUCACGCGUGGGUCGAAUUAUGAUUGGAGCCUUGGAGUCGGUGCAAGUUGAUAAGCUCUGAAUUAGGGCUUGUCAUACCGCAAACUUCGAGUGGUAGAUCGGUGCUUU